AUAUAUAUUUGGUCGAUCACGGAAUUAUGCCAGUACUUUAUUAUCUUCAUAUUGAGCCGUAUGUGACUGUAGUGAACUCGAAAUUAGUACCUAUUAAAAAUUUAUUUAUAAUGGCUCGUUUACUAUUGUGCGUGUUAGCUCUACUAGUGUUCGUUAGUGUUGACGCAGUCCCAGCACCAAAACCAGUGCCAGAACCUUCACCCCAAUUCGGAGGAUUCGGAGGUGGAUACGGAGGGGGAUAUGGAGGGGGAUAUGGGGGUGGCUAUGGGGGUGGAUUUGGGGGUGGUUACGGGGGUGGUCAUGGAGGCUUCGGAGGCCCAGGUUUCGGAGGCCCCGGCUUCGGAGGGCGACGUUUCGGCCGUUUCCCUGGAGGAUCUAUAAGUUACUCCAAAAGCGGUAGUAUCAGUUUUGGCGGUCCUGGUGGAUCUGCAGCUCAAUCUAGCGCCGGUUCCAUAGGAUUUGGGAAAUAAGCCAAACUGUGGAUGAGACUUUUCGUUGGUGUUAUCUAGUUCAUUAUUGUGUAUAAACAAUGUGUUGUACCUGUUUGUUAAUAUCUGUAGUUUUAUUAAUUACUUGUACAUAAAUAAAUAAUUUUAAAAA